UGUUCGACUGGGCGCAUGCGCGCUUCGUGGGACGAGGCGUUCUUCAUGCUUGGCGCUGCGGGGAGCGCGGCGCUGCGCAGUUUUAAUCCGUUCGCUCUUCGCGCUUUAGUCUACGUUCAAAGAACCUUUUAUGCCAUGGACUUGGGGUCCCUUCGGAAGAAAUACGGAGAGGACGAGGGGGCUUUUGAAGAAAAACAUCUUGUCUCCCUGAACCCCAUUAAGCAGUUUGCUGCAUGGUUUGAAGAAGCUAUGAAGUGCCCAUCUAUUGGGGAAGUCAAUGCCAUGUGUUUGGCCACCUGUACCAAGGAUGGGCGGCCUUCUGCUCGAAUGUUGCUUUUGAAGGAAUUUAGCCAAGAAGGCUUUUAUUUCUUUACCAACCACGAAAGCCGGAAAGGAAAGGAAUUGAACUCGAACCCAUUUGCCUCAAUGGUUUUCUACUGGGAUCCCCUCCAUCGCCAGGUCCGGAUUGAGGGCUCUGUGGAGAGGCUUUCUGAACAGAAGUCUGAGCAGUACUUCCACUCACGUCCAAAGGGCAGCCAGAUUGGAGCAGUUGUGAGUCAGCAAAGUACAGUGAUCGCAGAUAGAGAGUACUUAAGGAAGAAGAAUGCAGAGCUGGAAGAGGUGUACCGAGAAGCCAAGGUGCCAAAGCCAGCGUAUUGGGGUGGGUACGUCUUGAAGCCCGAGGUCAUCGAGUUUUGGCAGGGCCAGACAAACCGUUUGCAUGACCGCAUUGUCUUCCGGCGUCUCCAGGACAGCAGCGUCCCCCUGGGGCCCAUGACCCACAGAGGAGAGGACAACUGGGUCUAUGAGAGACUGUCUCCUUGAGCAGCAGGCUAGGUUCACCCUGUUCUCAAAAUCUUUGUGCCACCAUCUGUGUUUUCCUCUCACCCAUGAGACUGAGCAGAAGAAAAACCAGUGGACAAAGUCUGGCUGCUGCACUCAGGAGGAAAGGAAAGGAGUCCCUGCAGAUUUUACUCCAUUAGCUGAAACAGCUAAAGGGGGCAGCGCUCAUCUCCACACUCAGAAGACCUGGGUUCACAUCUUUGCCCAGCCUUGGAUAACGUUGGGCCAUUCAGGAAGCUCAUACAGGAUGGGAUAUUCCUACGAAAAAUACCCUGAGCUCAUUGGCAAAAAGGUGGGAGGCAAAUAUGAUGAGCACAGUGGUGUUUUGUGCAUAGAUAUACAAUGUUAAAAAUUCCUUCCUACUUUAAAUGUUACUCUUCUUAAGCUAUAGCACUACUUGAAAAUUUCUGGGGGAAAAGGAUAAAAUUUUCAACAUGCCCCUCCUAAAACGACCUUCUUGGGAUUUCAGCUGGGAGUGGUGAGAGAUCAAGACAGACGACCUUUGGGUGCGAUCCUAUGUGUGUGUAGACAGAACAUGGGUUAUAACAACAAGAUGGCUGGCUGGGAAUCUGAGGAUUUUUGGGGGGAGGAUCUGUUCAACCACACAUAAAAUUAUACCCUUAAUUUGGAAGCAGGUAGCAUCUCCUUGCCUAGCUUGAUGCCCUCUAGAUGUUCCGGCCUCAAUUCCCAUAACUUGGGGAAUUAACUCUGUUGGGAAAGGCUGCCUUGGCAGAUAAAAUGAUCUGGUUCUGCUCUCGGUACGGGUGCAGUCUUGUGAUUGUUUAGAUAGGAAACCGUGUCAUGAGCUGAGCUUCCCCCUCCAAGCAGUAUCAGUUUCAUCAGCUACACCAUUUCUUUGCUAAAGAUCUUUAUUGCGGCAUUUGAACCUCUGAGCACUACCACAGAGUGAAGUGUUGAACCCUUUCUACCAUUCAUUUCCCAAAGGUCUCUUUAUGAGCCCAUCUGUGUCUCACCCCUGGGGAGAGGUGCUGUGAAGGCAGGUGCACCUCUGCUCCUCCCUUUGUGCACCUGAUUGGGUUUCCCCCCACCCCCAGUGAUGAUGAGGACGAGUGACCAGGCCUACCAUUUCAGGGGGCAGAGCUUCUCUGUUGGGAGAGGCUUCUCAUCUCAUUGUCCCCUCCCUCAGGUUCUAGUUCCUCCCUGUUUCCACUGCUGGGUAGACUGGUGCCUCUAUCCGCCUCUGGGCUAAUCUUCCCCCAUUGGAAUUUCCUGUGGUCUCAGGAUGAUUGAGUUGCAGCUGAAGGCUGAACCAUUUCAUAAAUAGCCUCUUCGUUGUAAUCUGAAUCACUGGUGUAGUCAGCACAGGGAGCCUUCCAAGAGCAUGCCUGAAAUUUGACAGGCUGCGUGCACAAGACAUCCAGCUCCCCAGCCAGCCAUGCAUUCAAUUGCCCUGAUUUGAGCAAGUUCAAAUGUUAGGCGUUUCAUGAGCAGAGCCGGCUGGAGCCAGGGGUCAGAUUAGAUGGCCUGAAAGACCCCUUCUGACUCACUGUUUCUAUGUUUCUAAAUCAGGCUUGUAUUCAUGUAGGAAGAUGCUGGACUGCUUAUAUCCAGCUUGUUAGCUUUUCAGGGGCACCUGAUUAGUUACUGUGUAAACAAGAUGCUGGACAGGGUAGGACUUUGGCUUGAUCCAGCCUGGCUCUCCUUAUGUUUCUAAACCCCGUAGCAAAAAUAUUCCCAUAAAACACACUGGCACACAUUUCAGAUGGAUUGCAGUGUACUUAUUUUGUAUCUGAACUACUCAAUAGCCAAAUCUUUCUAGGUCUUUCCCAGAAAUUCUCAAAACCUUGGAUAAAGUAUAGUAUAAAUUUCAAGAUACAAAAUUUUAAGCAGUAUUCGGUAAAUUUCAGGAUAUAAAAUUCAAAACAGAAUUCUGUAAGCUCAGUAUUAUGUAAAUACAAUUUCCAAAAAAAAAAAUCAUCAUGUUAAAGCCUACUAUAAUCAGUGCCAUUAAAUGCCUGGAAGUCAAGGGCAGUGUUUACCUGGCAUUGAAGAUAGGACAGUGUUAGCUCCUGGUGAGUGUGAGUAUUCUAUAAUUGGUGCCAACACUAAGAAGGCCUUUCCUCUUGUUAUAUGUGGAUUCUGGGACAAGGAUGGGAGGUAAUGGAAGACAGGAGGGCAUGGACCAGAACUAAACGCAACAUUAGGCAGAGUAGUAAGAGGUUGAACAAGCUGUAUGUUUGGAAGCUAGAAAGUAAGGAGUUUGGGGGAACAGGUGGAAGUUCUGCUCUGUUCUCUUUGCUUCACAUUUUACUGAGCAGUGCCCUCAUGUAUUUUAAAAGCUAGAAAUUCCUUUAGGAAAAGUUGAUUUUUCUCAGGAUGCUUGACCCGGAUCGCGCACUCUGCAGUUACCUGAUCAUCCCAGGAACAUACAGAUACAGUAGUUUGGACAUCCAGUUGCUCUUCUGUUCACAUAAAGAGUGAUUUCUGUCAAUUCCCUCUUCCAUCUGAAGUUUCCCACACCAUUCCUAGGGAUUUCUCAAUCUCAGGAGCAGAUUUUUUUUUGGUGGGGGGAUUGCAGGGAGCUGCAAAGGCCAGUGGAAGGCAGGAAAGCCAUACUCUGGAUUCUGUUAAGUUUAUAGAAAGGAAAAUGAGACCUGUAACAUUGAGCACUGUGUGUGUGUUUGGUUCUUCACAAAGCACAUACUCUUCAAUAGAUUUUUAACAAGCAAGCCCCUUCUUUUGUUCUUGAGGUGCAUCUCUUGAUAUGGCAACCAUCGUGUUUUUGUGGAGUGGGUUUUCAAAAAACAUAACUGGUUUUUCCACAGCAGGAACUGGAGCUGCAAUUGUACAUCAUUGGAAAUUGUUGGUAGAUUAGAUGUAUGUGUUAUACUAUGUGAAUGUGUGGAUUCCAUGUAAACAUUUACUAUUUAAAAAAAAUGUUCAUGUGACGGAUACUACUCUGGUAUCUGCUGCAGCUUUGUCUGGCCAGCCCGACUUCUGUGUACUGCACUGCUGUGUACGAAGUCUGUGUCUGUGUACUUUCGUACAAUAAAAUUCCACUGGCUGAUA